AUGGAGCAUCGUUUCGUCGCGGCCCCUCAACUACCACCCGAGAGACUUCCGAAUACACAGCACCGGGCACUAUGCAAAACGAUCGAGUGUCUGUACGCGCGAGUGGUUGUGCUGGAGGAUAUCAUUAGCAGCGUCGGGGCAGAACAUCACUUGAAGACGGCGUUUGGCGGUCGCAUUUGUACCUUAAAGGAAAUAAAAGCGUCGUAUUGCCAAGAUCAGACGUAUCCGCGGCUAUCGAAGUGCAUUGCGCCACACUGCAGUCAAGCGUAUCAAUCUGCGGAGAACCUCCCAAGACACAUUCGAGGCACAUGGGAUCGUAGCCACCAGUUCCACCGUGCGAUACUUACCGGGACCUUCUGUUUUCAGUGUGGGAUGGAAUUUUCGGCAGGCACGUCCUCUCUCUCAAGGCACGAGAGGGACCGCCAUGGGGAACCAAGCACGUCUAGGAUUGAAACCUUCGGGCCGUUCCGCACCGCAUUCUCUCGUGGCGGAGGUCUCCCUUAUAUGCAGCCGAACGAUAAUCACGUCGCCGGCCGAAGCGUACGAAAAGCGAGUGAGGCGGGUAGUGAGCGAGAUUCUAGCAUUGGGCGCUUGGUGCAAGUGUCAACCGACGCUUCUACAGCUGAGAGGUGCGAUGACGGUUCCGUUCUCCGGGAAGAAGUCAUGAAGAUAUUCAAACAGUUUAGCACGAGAAUUGAACGGGUUGAAAAGGACAAUGACCACCUGCAUGAAAUCGUGGGCAGAAAGAAGAGGAAGCGCGGUGACGACAAAACAUGCACGGCCCCAGCGAGACCUGGAUCCAUCAAUGGCCACACCUCGGCGUUCGCCCGUGACCGUAGUAACUGCGCUUCAACCAUGGCUUACUCGGCUCAAGUAUCGUCAUCCGACUCCGCAGCGUCCGUGGAUGAUUUUUGCAACCCAGGUUUCAACCCCUCCCCAGUACCGCCAGCUCAACUACAGCCAUUCUCCAGCCAUUCUAUCUAUGAGAUCAACUCCGGUCCCGAUCCCUUCCCACUACCGCUCACCAACGUUAACGGAUCGAUAUACCCAGCUCAGCUACAACCAUUCUCCCGUUCUAUCUAUGAGAUUGGCCCCGGACCCAAUCCUUCCCAGGUCCCCCCUACCGGUACCGAUGGAUCUAUCUACCCAGCCCUAUUGUUUCCAUUCCCCUCCGAGUCCAUCUACGGAUGCCCCUCACCUAACUUCUAG